AUGGCGGCAUUCGAGUCAUGGAAGGCUCUUUCGCUGGCAAGGACCAGAUCCCGUACCUCCUCCAUCUCUUCGGCCAAAGCUGAAGCAUUGCCCCCUCCCGUUCUGCCAUCACCCACCACUCCUCGCCGAAAUAAAGGCUAUCCAGGUUUGAGAUCUACUCCUUCCUCACGUCCAGGUACAUCAGACGGCCAGACCCUUGGUGCCGAUCACAGUCGUACUAGAAGUGUCAGUGACUAUGUGCCCGACCCUGUGGCUGUGCCGAAACCCCGAAACAUAGCCGUGUCAACCGCUGGGGCACCAUUCGAGAUCACCGAGUCUCCAACAUCUAUGCAUCGAGAAGAAUAUCUCGGUCCACAAAGAAGAUUGAGCAAGUCCGUUGCCAGACCUCUUACCCCUCCGCAACCGACAAUACAGAUAGAGAGGAGCCACGAAGACGAGCCCGCUGCCAAACGACCAAAACUUGAAAUCUUUAAUGCGCGGAGCAUUUCUACCGGAGAGCCAAGAUCUUACGAAGCGAUCCGGAUUCUCGGCCAAGGGACUUUCAGCAAGGUCUACUUAGCGGUGCGUCAAGUCGACAACGAUCGAAAGGACAAUGUCGAUUACAUGCAAGACAGCAUAAAUAUGGCCGGCGUUCGAGCUCGAUCUCGACGACUUGUGGCGGUCAAAGUCGUAGAACAUGGUCCAGCGGGUGGUGCGGACGCGGAGAGGAUCGAGGUCGGGCUGAAAAGAGAGGUGGACUUGUUGAAAUCCAUACAGCAUCCAUCCCUGGUCCAUCUGAAAGCAUUUGGCAAUGAUGAUAAUGCGCGAGCUCUGCUUGUCAUGAAUUACUGUCCUGGCGGGGACCUGUUUGAAGUGGCGUCGAAACACCACGAGGUCUUGACGCCAUCGUUGGUGCGAAGGGUUUUCUCCGAGCUGGUGUCGGCGGUGCGAUACCUUCAUCAAAAGUACAUUGUUCAUCGGGACAUCAAGCUGGAAAAUGUCCUGCUCAAUAUUCCGGUGCGUGUGCACUCGGACGUGUCCAAUUGGCAAAGCCUUGAUCGGGCGGUUGUCACACUCACCGACCUGGGUCUCUCUCGCCGCAUUCCCGAACCCCCCGAAAGCCCCCUUCUCACAACGCGCUGUGGAAGCGAGGAUUACGCCGCACCGGAAAUCCUAAUGGGUCAGCCCUACGAUGGACGACAAACUGAUGCCUGGGCACUUGGAGUUCUGCUUUACGCACUAAUGGAGGGUCGGUUGCCCUUUGAUCCUCUUCCCGGAGCGCGCGGAGACCCAGCUGUUCUGCGUGCGAGGACGCCGCACAGAAUAGCGCGGUGCGAAUGGGCGUGGUACAAGUAUGGCGACGAAGACGGAGAAUGGGACCCCGUCAAAGGCGCCGACUUUGAAGGUGCACAUGAGUGCGUGGCAGGGUUAUUGAAGAGGAAUACAAGACGGCGACCGUUGGCCGAGAUCCGAGAAUUACCAUGGGUCAAGGACGGGAUCCAGGUCGAUGGAGGUCUAAGAUGGGUUGAAGAGGAAUUGUAA